CGCCUAACAUCCGAUCCAUUAAACGGAGCGACCGCGACGACCGAGACAAGAAAUCCCUCGUCAUCCCAUUCAAUGGCCGGCGUUGAGGACGGAGAACACGGCGGUUCCGGCGGCCUCCUCGAGUCAAUAUUGAGCUCCCCAACUCUUCCCCUCCGCCGGCGCCUCCUCCUCGCCUCCCGAGUAGAAAUCCGCCUCCUCCUCCACCUCGCCGCCCCCGCCGUGAUCGUCUAUAUGGUCAACUAUGUCAUGUCGAUGUCGACCCAGAUAUUUUCCGGUCAUCUCGGAAACCUCCAGCUCGCUGCUGCCUCCCUCGGCAACACCGGCAUCCAGGUUUUCGCCUACGGCCUCAUGCUCGGCAUGGGAUCCGCCGUCGAAACCCUUUGCGGCCAGGCUUACGGAGCCCAGAAGUACGACACGCUCGGCAUCUACAUGCAGCGCUCCAUCGUUCUCCUCACCUCCACCGGAAUCCCCCUCGCAAUCGCCUAUGCCUUUUCGCGCCCGAUUCUAAUUCUUCUCGGACAGUCGCCGGAGAUCGCCAAGGCUGCAUCCAUCUUCGUCUACGGACUAAUUCCCCAAAUCUUCGCCUACGCCGCCAAUUUCCCCAUUCAGAAGUUUCUGCAA